AUAUGAUGACAGUUAAAUUGUCAAAUAUUUUUAACACAAGUUCUUUAAAUCCUCAAAAAGUCAAAUUUUGUAAACAGACCUCAUUCGUUUUGUGGCAAGGUUUCAUUUCAAUUUUUGAAUAACAUUCAAACGUGUUGACAAAAAAAUUUAUCAAAAAUCAAACGUAAUCUCUAUUGAUUAUGAUAAAUCUGGACGGUCUUAAUAAUGUUAACAUAACCUUUUAAAUUGUGCCCGGUCUUACAUCAACACGAAGACUGAGUUGAAAAUGACCAUUUCUCGUCUAGUUGGUUGGCAACUGAGAAGCAUUUUAUUGAAAUCCGAAAAGAAUUGGCAAAGUAUCUGCAGACGUCGAUUCUACAGCACAGACCCCACAGAAAAUGAACGAUAUUGUAAUGUACCUGUGGAACGAGUUCGUAAUUUUAGCAUUAUAGCCCAUGUCGAUCAUGGGAAAAGUACGUUAGCAGAUCGGUUAUUAGAAAUAACUGGGGCUGUUGUAAAGAAUUCAGGAAAGUCACAGAUCUUGGACAGUUUGCAGGUUGAACAGGAACGUGGUAUUACGGUAAAGGCGCAGACGGCAUCUCUUCUUUAUGAGUACAACGACAAAACGUACUUGCUCAACCUAAUCGACACCCCUGGACAUGUCGACUUUUGCAAUGAAGUUUAUCGGUCGUUGGCAGCUUGUGACGGUGUUGUAUUGCUGGUUGACGCUAAUCAGGGCGUUCAAGCUCAAACCGUAGCGAACUACUAUUUGGCGAAGUCAAAAAAUUUGGCCAUAGUGCCCGUUCUGAACAAAGUUGAUUUGAAAAAUGCUGAUCCGGAUAGAGUUUCCAUGGAAAUGAUGACACUAUUUGAUAUAGAUCCGGACUCGGUGCUGAGAAUAUCAGCCAAACUCGGUACCGGUGUGGAGAACGUCAUCCAACAAGUCAUUGAACGAAUCCCUCAUCCUCAAGCUGAUAGAGAUAAGGCUUUUCGUUGUUUAUUGUUCGAUAGUUGGUUCGACCGAUACCGUGGAGCUUUGAAUUUGGUGUGCGUGAAGGAAGGUCAACUAAAGAUCGGAGAUGAAAUAACAUCUCACUUGACGAAAAAAACAUAUGAAGUUCGGUCCUUGUCGAUACUGAGACCGGAUGAAAGUCCAAUCAAUCAAUUAACUGCUGGGCAAGUAGGAUUAGUUGGCUGCAACAUGCGGAAUAGCAAAGAAGCGAUCAUAGGAGAUACGAUGCACUUGAAAAACCACGACGUUGAGCCAUUGACCGGUUUUAAGCCACAACAGCCAAUGGUAUUCGCUGGUAUCUACCCAGCUGAUCAAAGUCAGCACGUGGCUUUACGACAAGCAAUCGACAAAUUAAUUCUCACCGAUUCGGCGGUAACGUUGAUUCCGGAUUCAAGUCCAGCGUUAGGACAAGGUUGGCGAUUGGGAUUUUUAGGAUUGUUGCAUAUGGAAGUAUUUUGUCAGCGACUCGAACAAGAACACGCUGCUGAACCAACCAUAACUGCUCCUUCAGUGACGUAUAAACUUAAACUGAAAAAUCCCAGGUUAAUCAAGACACUCGGUAGCGACACAGUGUUUCUGAGCAAUCCAACUCAGUUCCCGGAUCCGAGGGAUGUGGAAGAAUACUUUGAGCCUUGUGUGAUGGGAACAAUCAUCACUCCGACACAGUAUCUUGGUGCGGUAAUAUCACUUUGCAUCGAUAAGCGCGGCGUGCAGGAAUCAUGCAAAAAUAUUGACGAGAAUCGGGUCAUGCUAAAAUACUUUUUGCCACUUAGUGAGAUUGUGUUGGACUUUCACGAUAAACUGAAGGCAGAGUCUUCGGGAUACGCAAGUUUUGACUACGAAUCGAGCGGUUACCACAGCUCAAACAUUGUCAAACUUAGUAUCCACUUGAAUGGAGUUCCGGUUGACGAACUGAGUCGUAUUGUGCAUGCAACUAAAGUUACUGCUUUUGCAAGGGAUUUAGUGCUGCGAUUGAAGGAAAUGAUUCCGAAACAGAUGAUACAAAUAGCGAUUCAAGCCUGUGUAGGAAGUAAGGUUUUGGCAAGAGAAAAUAUCAGCGCGUAUCGGAAAGAUGUUACUGCAAAAUUGUAUGGCGGUGAUGUGACUCGACGACAGAAACUACUAAAACAACAAGCUGAAGGCAAGAAGAAAAUGCGAUCCAUAGCCAAUGUUCGAGUUCCUCAUGAAACAUUUAUCAAGGUUCUUCGGAGGUAGUUCAAUCAACGUGUAAAUAACUUUAGUUGAAAAAUAUACUUGACGUCUGUUAA